GCUCAGAGGUGUCAGUUUUUUAGUUAUGUUUUGAUACUGAUAAUAGUAUCGUUUACAUGAUUUAUCAUUUUUAUUUAAUUGGCUAGCUUCAGAGUUAAAAGGAAGCUAAAACAGGAUUAAGAGAAAUGGACUUAAUAAAUUAAGGACUGGAAAAGGAGAGAUCAAACCUUUGCCAGGAUGUUCACCAUUCCUCCACUUAAUACAAUGCCAGGUCACACAGCGCACAAACUUACCACAGACAAUGAAGAGCACAGUGAGGAUGACCUAAGUGCACCUCAGCCAAAUCGUUUGGCCAAUAUUAAUAACAGCAACAACAAUGAAGAGUAGGUACAGUUUGAAGUUCUGAAAAGAUAUGCGAAUCCCUCACUUCCCUUUGAUUAGCUGUGUGGACUCAGUCUGCCUGUUAAAUGUCUUUUUUCCAGAGAAAAAAAGAAAAAAAAGAAAAAGGAGAAGAAAGACAAGAAGGAGAAAAAAGAGUGAUUAUUUUUGUAUUAAACCUUCUUGAUAAAUGUUACAAAUGUUUAAGAAUACCUCAUGCAAAAUAUUAAUUGUUGUAAUAAUGAAUCUUACAGAAAAAUGAAAAAGAAGAACGAAGAAAAAGAAGCAAAAGAAAAGGAACCACCAAAAGAGAAAGAAAAGGAAAAGGAGAAAGAUAAGGAAAAGGACAAAGAAAAGGAAAAAGACAAGCCCAUGGAAAUAUUCGUCAUUAAUCCUGCAGGAAAUUUGUAUUACAACUGGCUUUUCAUCAUCACAGUACCAGUCAUGUAUAAUUGGACCAUGAUUAUAGCCAGGGCGUGCUUUGAGGAGCUGCAGCAUGACUACAUACUCUAUUGGGUUAUCUUGGACUACAGUUCUGAUCUAAUUUACUUGGCCGAUAUGUUCUUCAGAACCAGAACAGGGUACCUUGAACAAGGCCUUAUGGUGAAAGAUGAGAAGUUGCUUCGAGAUAACUACAUUCAAAGCUUCCAGUUUCGUCUUGAUGUUCUCUCCAUGAUGCCAACAGAUGUCUUCUAUUUUGUCCUUGGCAUCGACUACCCAGAGAUUCGCAUUAACAAACUGCUGAGAAUUGGCCGAAUGAUGGAGUUCUUCACAAGGACGGAGACAAAAACCAACUAUCCAAACAUCUUCCGCAUUGGGAACCUAAUCAUGUACAUCCUCAUUAUCAUCCACUGGAAUGCCUGCCUCUACUUUUCAUUCUCCAAGUUGAUUGGUUUUGGUGCUGAUGACUGGGUCUACCCAGCUCUUGAUGAUCCAGAGGAGCCUGCGUUUGGGGAGCCUAUGAGAAAGUAUGCUUUUAGCCUCUAUUGGUCCACACUGACUCUGACCACCAUUGGUGAAACCCCACCACCAGCUCUUGACUCAGAGUUUCUCUUCCAUGUGGUUGACUUCUUAGUUGGAGUCUUGAUAUUUGCUACCAUUGUGGGAAACAUUGCCACCAUGAUUUCCAAUAUGAAUGCUGCCCAAGCCCAGUUUCAGGCCCGCAUCGACAACAUCAAGCAGUACAUGCAGGUUCGAAAAGUCAGCAAAGAACUUGAACUACGGGUUAUCAAGUGGUUUGACUACCUGUGGAAUAAUGGCAAAGCUCAGGAUGAGAGGGAGGUGCUAAGGUAUCUUCCAGACAAGCUAAGAGCAGAAAUAGCCAUUCAAGUACACAUGGACACCUUAAAGAAAGUUCAGAUUUUUGCAGACUGCGAGGCAGGCCUGCUGAUCCAGCUUGUGCUCAACCUUCGUCCACAGGUUUUCAGCCCCGGAGACUACAUUUGCAAAAAGGGUGACAUUGGGCGUGAGAUGUACAUUAUAAAAGACGGAAAACUAGCAGUUGUAGCUGAUGAUGGUGUCACACAGUUUGUAGUGUUGGGAAGUGGUAGCUAUUUUGGUGAAAUUAGUAUCCUUAAUAUUAAAGGCAGUAAAGCGGGCAAUAGGCGGACUGCUAACAUUAGAAGCAUUGGCUACUCUGACCUCUUCUGCCUUUCCAAAGAUGACCUGAUGGAGUCACUGACCGAGUAUCCAGAUGCCAAAGCCAUGCUAGAGGAAAAGGGUCGGCAGAUUCUGAUGAAAGAUGGUCUCAUAGACUUGGACCCUGCCAACAUUAAGCCUGAGGUUAAGGAGCUAGAGGAGAAGGUCAACAAACUUUACAGCACAAUGGAGCUGAUGAAUGUGAAGCUUAAGAAAAUUCUGGGAAAUUACAAGAAUGCUGGCAAAGCCUUGAGACAGCGUAUUGCAGAUCUGGAGCGACUGAGUGGAGAGGAGGUAGAAGAGGAGGAAGAGAAAAAAGAGGCUAAAGAGGAUGAAGCAGAGAAAAAAGCAGGUGCAAAGGUUGAAGGAGAUUCAGAAAAAAUGGAAGAAGAGAAGGGUGAGGAGACAAAGAUAUAUGAGGAGAAAGGUGGAGUGGGUGAAGAAGAAACAAAAACCGAUGAAGUGAAACAUGAAGCAAAAGAGGAAACAAAGACAGAAGAGGAAAAGACAAAAUAAACCUUUGGUGUCUGUAAAACUAGUUUUGAACGGAUCUAUGUUUCAAAGAAAUCUUUCAUCCUGGGCUGGCCUCCUAACCGUCUCAGUGGGGAUGAUCAGGAAAGAUGAAUGCUAAAAUAUUAACUCCAGCAUGCCCCCUAAAACUACUGUUAUUGUACUUCAUCAUAUUUUGUUCAACUCUUCAGUUUGUUGUUAUUUAUUGUUUUAUCCUUAAGAUUCUAUGUACACAGAGUCUGGAACAACCUCCUGCAAUUUGAAACACAGCAGUAUUAACUGCUGUCCUUGUAAGUGCUGUAAAUUGUAAGGCCAGUAGAAUAUGAAUCAUGCAUCAAACGCUUACGGUAAGAAACACCUACCUGUAGUUGAUGGGAGAGAAACAGAUUUUACAGAAGGUCGGCAUUUGCAUUUAGUAAUUUGACAGGUUCUUUUAUCCAAACCACUUAAGUUCAGAACUGAGAGACCCAUUUACAUCAGAAAGAAGUGUUGAAGAAUUGAGUCAGAAAAACCACAGAAAUCUUAAUAAACUGAAGUUUAGGUAUUUUGUGUCUGUAAAAAACAUAUUUUGAUGGCAAUUGGUAGCUUUACCCACCAUUAUGAAACCACAAAUGAGAGCAAUCUAUGUUAAAAUGUGUUGUGUGGGGGUAUAUAGCAGGAGCUGACACUGUUAAGAGGAACACAGAUAUUUGGUAGCUGUGAUGUUCCAUCACUGCCAUGAUUUCCCUGAAACUAUGAAAACGGAGGCAUGAGGUAACCAAUGGCUGGAGCUUAAAUCCGCUGGCAUAUGCAGCCCACAGGUACACACAGGGCACCUUCAGAAACCAGGAGCUUCUACAUCCACUCAGACCAUCUUGGAAAAAAUAGAAGGUUAGAAAAUUAAGACAGAAAAAAAUUAAUAAAAUUACAUAUUAACUGAAGGAAAAUUGAUAUUGAAUGAUAAUUCAAAUUUACCUUUAUCGAUUACUUCAACUAGUUACAGCAGUGUUGGAUGGGUGCAAAAACUUGUUAUCACUCAUGUAAAAACCUUGUGUUGCAAGGCACCUGCACUAUGCCUUCCUCCCUGUGUGUGUGAGAUCAUUGUUAUCUCUGUGUGAACCAGCC